AUGCCUCCUCAGGCUCCUCAGGCUCCUCUCAAGCCUUUACCUGACUUCGAAGGCCCAAAGCUCGAGCCCUUCCAGCAUAAUCUCGAGGCGGAUGACGUGGAAUUUCUCAAGAUCCUAGAGUGCGACCGCAAUGCGCAUAGUAAGAUUAUCAAGACAAGAAUCGGAGACAAGAUCUACUGUAUCAAAUUCUUCAUUUGGGAGGAGCCCCCGAUCAAUCCUCCAUACACAUCAGAGUAUAGCUAUGGUGAGGAAGAACGAAGCGCAUAUCGAUGCUGUGACGGAUUCGACGUUCAUUUUACACCUUUCGAAAACGAGUGCCGAGCUUUUGGCAGACUGAAAGAAGUCGGUCGCGAGGAUCUCGCAGUCAAAGUCCAUGGCUACAUCACCAUGGACCUCAACGACACCAUUGCCCGGAAGCUACAGGCUGCAAAGUCUAAGAUGAUUCUUCCCUAUGAAAAACUGGAUUGGUUUCUCGGAAUGGACGACGGCCCUGCCAUGGGCAUCGUCAAAGACUGGGUGGACGGGGUGGAAUACGAUGACCCGCGUUACGAUGAUAUAUAUCAAAGGGUGGCCCAAGCCCGCCAUUUCCCUCGUAUGCUCGAGGGACUCCACGACCUCCACAAACACGGGAUAGUUGUCAGGGACCUAGCUGAGUGCCAGUAUGUCAACGGCACGCUGGUGGAUUUGAGCCUUGCAUCCACUGUCCCCCAUCCGUUUGGCCCAGACCCAGAUCCAUUGGGCUCGGGAAAGUUCUGGCAGCCACGCUGGACGUUCCAGAGCUUGGCCGCUUGGGAUUUAUAUUGCUUUCAGACCGAGGUCAUCAAAACUUGGCAUGAAGACUUGGGGAUAUUCCUGAAGAUCAAGCCAAGAACCAAGGGCCUGGUAAGGACUUGCUGGACCACAGCCUACCGUAUCCCCGACGACCAGAAGACACUCAGACCUCGCCUUCGACGGCCCCCGGAUGAGGAGCAGCGUCCAUACUUACCCAUACUGAACCAAUGGGAAGAGAAGCUUUGCAUGACACAGGCUCCCCGACAUGACCCGCUUGACUAUGCCAAACAUACUCCGGUUGUCAAUACUGUCAAGAAGCGGGUGACAAGUACAGCAAAAGGUCGAGGUGGCAAGAAAAGCGUGGCAACGGGGAAGCAGGUGAAAGGCAACAGGGUCAACAAGCCAAAGGCUCCAAGCUGCAGAUAUAAUCUUCGUAGCCACACAGUCAAGAAGUGA